AUGGGUCUGUCCGUGGCGGCGCAGGCACCGCUCGACGAGCCCCGACGGCUGCGCCAGUGGAGCGGGACGGCGGGAGGCUGGCUCAGGAUCACGCUCGUCUCGUUUUUCGCCACUUUACCUGUGGAGCAGCUGCGCGCCUUCCCUUCCUCCCUCAGCGACUGCCAGACGCCGACCGGCUGGAACUGCUCCGGUUUUGAUGACCGGGACACAGACCUGUUCUUGUGCGACACCAACACAUGCAAGUUUGAUGGCGAAUGUCUAAGAAUUGGGAACAUGGUGACAUGCAUAUGCGAUUUCAAGUGCAACAAUGACUAUGCCCCAGUGUGUGGCUCCAACAAUCAGAACUACCAGAAUGAGUGUUUCCUGCGCAGGGAUGCCUGCAAGCAACAGUCUGAAGUACUUAUCAUGUCAGAAGGAGCCUGUCCUGCUGAUGCCGGCUCAGGAUCAGGAGACGACGGAGGAGAGGGCUCAGCUGAAGCAGGACAGAAGGAGACAUCCACCUGUGACAUUUGCCAGUUUGGGGCUGAGUGCGAUGUGGAUGCAGAGGAUGUUUGGUGUGUGUGCAACAUCGACUGUUCACACAUCAGCUUUAACCCGGUGUGUGCCUCAGAUGGCCGUUCCUAUGACAACCCCUGCCAGGUGAAGGCGGCAUCCUGUCAGAAACAGGAACGCAUCGAGGUCAAGUACCUGGGCCACUGCCAAGGUGACAUCAUAACUGGGAACAAAGGCGGGGAUGGACACUUUGCACGGACUGACCUCACAGAAGAGAAAGAGGAGCGCAGGAAUGGGCUGGUUCGCGGCCUGUACAUCCCCUGUCCAGAUCACUACAAAAACUACUGCGUCCAUGGAGAGUGUCAGUUUCCCAGUAUCCUGGCCCAGCCCUCCUGCAGCUGUCACUCGGGUUUUAGGGGUCCCCAGUGUGACAUCAAAGAGUACAACGUGCUCUAUGUGGUGCCAGGCUCUGGCAAACUGCACUACGUCCUCAUCGCCUCUAUCAUUGGAGCACUACAGGUGGUCAUCAUCUGUGUGGUGGUGCUCUGCAUUACCAGGAAAUGCCCACGGACCAACAGGAUCAACCGGCAGAAGCAGAACAAUGUCCACUUCAGUUCAGAGAACACCAUGCGCGCCUCCACUCGACUUAUCUGAGCCCAGACACAGGACAGGACAGAGUCCCCCUCCACUUUGCGGAGAGCUAUGGCGUUUAAUGUUCCCCCUUGUAGGCCAACCCCCCGAAAAUUAGAAUCUGCUCCCCCUCACUCCUCGCCCUGUCUCCCAGUAUGAACGUUAAGACUGCCCGGGGAGGAUGGUGGCAUAGCAAAGACAGAGCUGGAGCACCAGUCAGCUGUGAGACUCACUCGUGGGGUAAUGUUCUCAUCAGUCGCCACCGUUGCCAACUCCGAUGUGUCCCCUUGCACCUUGUCACUUCCACCCAGGGUUUUUCUGGAAAAACUAAACCAUGAGGUGUUUUGGGGGCAUUGAGGAUACUGAAUGUGGGUUCGUGUGAAUGUGUUAUUAGAUGUGUGAGCUUUGGUAGGGGCAGGCUAGCCAGUGUCUGUUGUUUGUAGAUGAGGGGUUCAAGCAAAUCGGGGUAGUGCAAAGCAGGGUAGCGGGCUUUAAAUGAGGUGUGUGUUAUUAGGUCUGGGAGGGGGGUGGGGGGUUUUCGGGUCUACACGUGAUGCCUUGCACCUUGUGUUAUAGGAGACCUUUGACAGAGGGCACGAUGUUAUUAUAAAGCUCUCUGUUCGGUUGUGACGAUGACGUCAGCUACUGUAUCUUGGGUUCUAUUUCCAAUAGUUAUUACGUUGUCUUGAUGGGGUCAUUUUUCUGUAAAUGUAAAUA